AUGGCUCGUACGGAAAUUUCAGGAAAAUUUGCCCUAGAGCUAGCAAAGUUCGUGUUUGGUUUAGCCGCGGGCUCACAGUAUCUCCUUCCAGGUGCCGAUGAGGCGCGCUCCUUCAAGCUUGAUCCGAACAAAAAGGGAUUUGAUCCAGCUUAUUUGUCAAUCUGCUGGAUGGCUGCUAAUCUGAUCGCGUGGUUGAUGUCUGUAAUGGUUAUCUCGAUCGAAGUCGUAACUGAGACGGGAUGCGCAAUCGGCAAUGUGUCAGUGAAGAGCAAAAACAAAUGGCGCAGAUCUGGUUUAUUUUUGGAUUUCCUAUCCUGGAACCUUCAUUUGACUGGGUCCGGAUUUCAUUUGGCCGCAAAUUCGUACUCUCAAUCUCAAUCAGAUCUCGGAUUCCUCAUCCUCGUCCUUUCCGUUAUAGUCAUAAUCGUCAUAGUCUUUUGCUCAACGAUCAUGCUGUACAAGUUCUGGAAAGCCCCUGCCGUAGACACAGAUGACAAUAUUCUUUGGUACUAG